AUGGAUGACCUAGAGAAUCUAAUCAAAGACCGAGAGGGCUUCCUGGAACAUGUAGGCCGGAGGCUGACUUUGAUACCUGAUGGAGAAGAAGUCACCAUGGUCACCUGGCAAGAGCUGGAGCAAGCGAUUACUGAUGGCUGGAGGGCCUCACAAGCGGGCUCAGAAACAUCUACGGGACUUCCUAAGCACAAAGGGCAGACUUCCUUAACAUCAAAUGAUACAACUCCAAGUGGAGCCUCCACUAAGCAUCCAAGUACUGACGAGGCUCUGGAUUCUGCUGGUGGUUUUGGCACAUAUCAGACCUUAUCAGGAUCCAGUGGCAUAGUAUACCCCUCUGAAGGGGUUACUAGCAGGGAACGAAGCAGAGGCCCCCCUUCUACUGUUUCUAUAAGUAGAGAACAGUACCCAAGGGCCCAUGAUGAAGCUGGCAUGCCAAGACCCCAGCAGCCUCCCACAUCCCAGUUCAGAGGAGAGUCAGAUCGUCACACGAGUAGAGGGCAUUUUACCUCAGCACGUCCAAGAAAAGAGGAACAAGAUGCACACACUGGCCCAGUUCAACAGGACUUAACCUCAGCCAGAGAUCAUCCUUAUGUGCACCCAGAUCAGCACAGUGCAGUGCCCAUUAGCCAGGGUCAAGUCUAUCAAAGGCCAGAUCAUCAUGGAUUAGGACCGUCUGGCAUGGAUCAUCCUGGAUUUCUACAUCCUAGCACUUAUUCACAUGGUGUGGUGCCCCACAGCGUGCGUCAGCUUGGUGUGCUACCACCGGAAACAGAUGAUCAGGGAUUGGUACCACUUGGCAUGGAUCAGCAUGGAUUUGUAACAUUAGGCACAGAUCAGCAUGGACUGGUACCCCCUGGCAUGGAUCAGCAAGGAUUGGGCCUACCUGGAGUCAAUCAGCAUGGAUUGAUCAGCGUGGUUUUGUAUCAACAUGGUUUAGACCAACCUGGUACAGAUCAGCAUAGUUUGGUGCAACCUGGUGCAGGUCAGUUUGGUUUAGUGCAACCUGAAAUGGAUCAGCAUGGUUUGGUGCAACCUGGAAUGGAUCAGCAUGGUUUGGUACAACCUAGAAUGGAUCAGCAUGGCUUGGUGCAACCUGGCACGGAUCAGCAUGGUUUGGUGCAACCUGGAAUGGAUCAGCAUGGUUUGGUGCAACCUAGCACGGAUCAGCAUGGUUUGGUGCAACCUAGCAUGGAUCAGCAUGGUUUGGUGCAACCUGGCACGGAUCAGCAUGGUUUGUGUAGUUUGGUGCAACCUGGCAUGGAUCAGCGUGGUUUGGUGCAACCUGGCAUGGAUCAGCAUGGUUUGGUGCAACCUGGCGUGGAUCAGCAUGGCUUGGUGCAACCUGGCGUGGAUCGGCAUGGCUUGGUGCAACCUAGAGUUGAUCGGCGUGGCUUGGUGCAACCUGGCGUGGAUCAGCGUGGCUUGGUGCAACCUAGAGUGGAUCAGCGUGGCUUGGUGCAACCUGGCACGGGUCGGCAUGGUUUGGUGCAACCUGGCACAGAUCGGCAUGGUUUGGUGCAACCCGGCACGGAUCGGCAUGGUUUGGUGCAACCCGGCACGGAUCGGCAUGGCUUGGUGCAACCCGGCACAGAUCAGCAUGGCUUGGUGCAACCUGGCAUGGAUCAAAUAGAUCAGAGUGGUAUGGUGCAACCUGGUGCUGAUGAGCAUGGUUUGGUGCAAUCUGGCGUGGAUCAGCGUGGUUUGGUGCAACCUAGAAUGGAUCAGCGUGGCUUGGUGCAACCAGGAGUGGAUCAGCGUGGCUUGGCGCAACCUAGAAUGGAUCAGCGUGGCUUGGUGCAACCUGGAGUGGAUCAGCGUGGCUUGGUGCAACCUAGAAUGGAUCAGCGUGGCUUGGUGCAACCUGGAGUGGAUCAGCGUGGCUUGGUGCAACCUAGAAUGGAUCAGCGUGGCUUGGUGCACCCUAGAAUGGAUCAGCGUGGCUUGGUGCAACCUGGCGCUGAUGAGCGUGGCUUGGUACAACCUGGAGUAGAUCAGCGUGGUUUGGUGCAACCUAGAAUAGAUCAGCAUGGCUUGGUGCAACCUGGAGUGGAUCAGCGUGGCUUGGUGCAACCUAGAAUGGAUCAGCGUGGCUUGGUGCAACCUGGCGCUGAUGAGCGUGGCUUGGUGCAACCUGGAGUGGAUCAGCGUGGCUUGGUGCAACCUAGAAUGGAUCAGCGUGGCUUGGUGCAACCUAGAAUGGAUCAGCGUGCCUUGCGUGGUUUCAUGCAACCUGGCACAGAUGAGCAUGGUUUGGUGCAAGCUGGUGCAGAUCAGCAUGGUUUGGUGCAACCUGGUGCAGAUCAGCGAGGUUUGGUGCAACCUGGUGCAGAUCCACAUCGCUUGGUUCAAUCUGGUGCAUAUCCUCCUGGUUUGGUUCAGCCCAGUUUCUAUCCUCGUGGUUUGGUUCAACCUGGUGUAUAUCCACGUGGUUUAUUGCAGCCUGGAAUGGAUCAGCACGGGUUGAGACAACUUGGUGCAGAUCAGCAAGACUUGAUAGCACCAGACACACAGUUUCAUGUCCCUCCAACAUUCCAGGCAGGUCCUCGGAGUUUUAUACCUCCACGCCCACAUCAGCAUGGUGUGGUACCUCCUGGCAGAGAGCAACAUGGCCAGGUGUCACCACUCCUAGCCAGUCAAGGUUUGGUACCACCAGAGAUAUAUCAGCAAGGUUUGAUGCACCUUGGCACAGACCAGCGUGGCCCAAGACCAUUAAGAACAGUCUUGGGAUCUGCACACCCAGAUCAACAGCAUUUGGUGUCACCUGGCCCAGAUCAGCAUGACCAGGUAUACGCAGGUGCAGGUCAACAUGGCCAUGCAUACUCAGACUACCAUGGCCCAGUGUAUCCUGGCUAUGGUGGUCCCGGGCAACUAGGUGUUGAUCAGCAUGACCAGGAAGGUUUGGAUCUAAAUAGAAUACGUGCCUCAACCCAAACUGGAACUCCUUCCCAGGCUGCCUCAGGCGAAGAUGUCACCUUUCUCAGGAGCCCAGAGUCCCUUAGCCAUCUCCAUCAAGUCUCACCAGAAAGGAGUGAGGUCCAGAGUGAGCGACACGAUUCACUGGAUAAAGUGGCUCCUAGCUUCCCUAUGGCCGUGGAAACAUUUCGUCUGAUGGGAGAGCUCAUCGGCCUCUACGUGGAGCUAAAGGAUAACAUGAGGGCUCUGAAUGAGGAGAAAGCUGGGCAGACUGAUUUGGAGAAGAUACAGUACCUGCUCACUCUGAUGGUGAAAAAGACCUUACCUCCUGACCUGCAGGAACAGCUGAAGAUGUUAAAGACCUUGGCCAAAGAAGUUCGGCAGGAAAAAGCAAAACUGGAAAGGUUGCAAAGGAUCCUGGAGGGUGAAGAGGACCGAGAAGGAGGAAAGGAGCUGAAAGCUGGCCAGCUGGGCUUGCAGCUGCGUGUCCUCAGAGUCACCGUGGCUGACAUUGAGAAGGAGCUGACCGAGCUAAGGGAGAGCCAAGAGCAGGGUAAGGCCGCCAUGGAGAAUUCAGUCUCUGAAGCCUCCCUGUACCUGCAGGAUCAGCUGGACAAGCUCAGGAAGAUCAUGGAGAGCAUGCUGACCUCUUCGUCCACGCUGCUGUCCAUGAGCAUGGUCCCGCACAAGGCCCUGGUAACCUCAGCCCCUGGCCAGAUCGACCCUGAAGCCACCUGUCCAGCCUGCAGCCUGGACCUGAGCCAUCAGGUCAGCAUGCUAGUGCAGCGCUAUGAGCAGCUCCAGGACAUGGUCAACAACCUGGCUGCCUCUCGGCCCUCCAAGAAAGCCAAGCUCCAGAGCCAGGACGAAGAGCUGCUGGGCCACGUGCAGAGCGCCAUCCUGCAGGUGCAGGGCGACUGUGAGAAGCUCACCGUCACCACCAGCAACCUCAUCGAGGAUCACCGGCAGAAGCAGGAGGACAUCAACGUGUUGUACCGGGGGCUAGAAAAGCUCGAAAAAGAAAAAGCCAACAGGGAUCACCUGGAGAUGGAGAUAGGCGUGAAAGCCGACAAGAGCGCCCUGGCGUCCAAAGUGAGCCGUGUCCAGUUCGACGCCACCACGGAGCAGCUGAACCACAUGAUGCGGGAGCUGGUGGCCAAGAUGAGUGGGCAGGAGCAGGACUGGCAGAAGAUGCUGGACAAGCUCCUAGUGGAGAUGGACAGCAAGCUGGACCGCCUGGAGCUGGACCCAGUGAAACAGUUGCUGGAGGAUCGGUGGAAGUCGCUGCGACAGCAGCUCAAAGAGCGCUCUCCACUCUACCAGGCGGACGAGGCCGCUGCCAUGCGCAGGCAGCUGUUGGCACAUUUCCACUGCCUCUCCUGCGACCGUCCCUUGGAGACACCUGUGACUGGACAAGUCAUCCCCGUGACACCUGUAGGUCCAGGCCUGCCUGGGCACCGUUCCAUCCGCCCCUACACAGUGUUUGAACUGGAGCAGGUCCGGCAGCAGAGCCGCAGCCUCAAGCUGGGCAGUGCCUUCCCUCCUCGGGGCGGCCUGGCGCAGAUGGAGCGGAGCGUGGGGCGCCUGCGCUCCAUGCACUCCAAGAUGCUCAUGGACAUCGAGAAGGUGCAGAUCCACUUCGGAGGCUCGGUCAAGGCCAGCAGCCAGAUGAUCCGCGAGCUGCUGCAGGCCCAGUGCCUCAGCUCCCCCUGCUACAACAAACGGGCGCCAGACGUAGAUUACACCUACUCGACUGUGGCCCGGCGCUGCGGGGGCAGCCACACCCUCACCUACCCCUACCGCCGCAGCCGCCUGCAGCACCUGUCACAGGGCCUGUGUCCCACUGAGGAGAUCCAGAUCGCCAUGAAGCAUGAUGAGGUGGAUAUCUUGGGCCUGGAUGGACAUAUUUACAAGGGACGGAUGAAUACAAGGCUGCCGGGCAUCCUGACCAAAGACACUGCAGGGACCACAAAGCACAAGUCCAGGCAGUCCCGGCCCCAUGGGCACAGGGAUCCGUGCCUCGGCGACAAUGGCCAGCUGCCUUCUCGGCCUCAGAGUGCUCAGAUGUCGGCCAGCAACAACUCAGUUCCUUCGCGUCAACAGAAAGACAGACCAGUGACUUCGGAGGGGUGUCUCUCCCAGCCAAACCUGGCCCACCCACCCAGCCCCACGGAGAUGGCGAACACGCAGGGCAACCCCAUGGGGCUGGAGAUGCACAUGGAUGUGCCUCCUGGGGAGGGGCUGGAGGAGGAGCCCACUCGUGGGCCGCGGUCCACCACUGCUCACUGA